AUGAAAAAUAUAUUGGAAAUUACUCAACGGUAUAAUAUACUAAACAACAUUCAAGUCAAUUUAAAAAAAUCAGAUUUAUUAAUUCUAAAUUCAACACAUGACGAUCUUACCCUUAACAAUGAUCAAACAAUUUCUGCUACAAAAAAUAAACCAAUCAGGUACCUAGGAGUUUACUAUGACAAUAAAGGCAGCAGUAAACCCACUUUCGAAAAAAUAGUAGAAAAAAUCAAAAUAUUUACCAACAUCAUAAAAUAUAAAAAAUUAACGUACAAACAGUUAUUUAAAGUAUAUAAUACAACACUCAAAUCAUCAAUUGAAUACCUAAUACAAAUUAUUACACUCAACAACAAAGAGAUAUCAACAAUAAAUAACCUUAUAAGGAAAAUUUUCAAAUCAAAACUCAACUUCCCAAAAAACAUACACAAUGACACUAUACAAAAUUUUAUGUUUGAAAAUGUACAACCAAUUGAAGAUAUAUUCCUCAUAACCAAUACAAGAAUCUUGUAUGACACUAUACACUCUAACUUCUCUUUGCUCAAAUCUUUAAUAGACAUACGUAUAAAAGAUUGGAAAAGAACUGGUUGGUUUCAUAACAUUGACAUUGAAACAUUCAGAAAAUUCUCCAAAGACACCAAAAAUAACAUGGUUGCAUCCAUCAUAACAGAAUUAGCUAAAAAUAACCUAAUCAUUAAGAACUCAAAUAACUCAUAUCUAGGAACUGAAUACCCCAAUUUUACUGACAUACACAAAACAGUUGACUAUAAGAUCUUCACAAAAAACAAAAAGGCAUUUAAACAACACAAUAUAAUCUUCCUAGAACAGAUUACCACACAUGAUAAUAAAAACAUAUUACCAUGGAAUAAAAUCUACAUCAGAAAAUUUGGAACUAAUAAAGCACGAAAGGAACCUAAAUGGAAAAAUAACUGGGCUAUUAUUGCAAAUGAUGAUAACUCAAUUAUGCUGAUUAAAUUAAUUAACAUCCAAAAAAACAAUUAUGAAUUCAAGAAAUUAAACAUAAUCAACAUAACCAAUAAUGAAAUCAUAACAGAAGUAACAGAACUCACUAACAAGAUUGAGAAUUGCAAAAUAUAUAAAACUGGUAAAAUCAAAAUCAACAAAAAAGACAACCAAAUCAUUUGGAAAAUACCAUAUUUAGAGCUGGUCCACAGUAUUCCAAAUCAAACCAAAUGGUUUGAUAUCUUUAAACCAAUUCCAUCAGAACUUAACAAUACUAUACAAAUUGAACCAUAUGACAUGGUACAAAUUAAAACUACAAUAAAAAAUAAUGAUACACUAUCAACAACAUUAAACAUUCAAAAAAUGAUUCAAAGAAAUGUCACACAUAAACCUAUUGAAUGCUUCUACAUAUCAAAACACCAUAAUCAUAAUAAAAAUUCAUCUAAUAUUUCAUUUACAUGGCUUAUACCAACAAUCAUGCCAAUGCCCUUUCAUGGCAAAGCUUACAAUUACUGUUCACCAAAUAGAGCAGAAGCAGAAUGCAUCAAACACAUACUA